AUGAUGGCUUUUCUUAUAAUAUUUAUCUUACUUUUUAUUGGAACUUCAGAGACACAGGUUGAUGUGUCGAAUGCUGUACCUGGGACAAGGUACAAUGUAACCAUUUCUUCAGUUUCUGCUACAACAUUUGGUACUCCUAUUAGUAAAAUGGUGACAACAAAUGUGACGAAUCCAGGGCCUCCCGUGUUCCUUGCAGGUGAAAGAGUGGGAUCUGCUGGAAUACUUCUCUCUUGGAAUACACCACCAAAGCCGAAUGGAAGGAUUAAAUCAUACAUCGUUAAGUAUAAGGAAGUUUGCCCGUGGACGCAAACCACCUAUACACAAGUUAGAGCAAAACCAGAUAGUUUGGAAGUGCUUCUUACUAAUCUCAAUCCUGGAACAACUUAUGAAAUUAAGGUGGCUGCUGAAAACAGUGCUGGUAUUGGGAUAUUUAGUGAGCCCUUUCUCUUCCAAACUGCAGAAAGUGCUCCAGGCAAAGUGGUAAAUCUCACUGUGGAGACCUUCAAUUAUUCAGCAGUCAAUUUAAUUUGGUAUUUGCCUCGGCAACCAAAUGGUAAGAUUACCAGCUUCAAGAUUAGUGUCAAGCAUGCAAGAAGUGGACUCAUAGUGAAAGAUGUCUCAAUUAAAGUUGAGGAUCUUCUGUCAGGGAAGUUACCAGAGUGUAAUGAAAACAGUGAAUCUUUUUUGUGGAGUACAACCAGACCUUCACCAGCUUCUGGUAGAGCCACAUCUCCCCCCCGGGUCACAUAUGUACCCAAUGCCCUGGAAAUGAGUCGAAAAAGUUCCGUGUGGAAUGAGCCUAUCAGUUUUGUCGUAACCCACCUGAGGCCAUAUACCACAUAUCUGUUUGAGGUCUCUGCUGUUACUACGGAAGCAGGUUACAUUGACAGUACGAUCGUCAGAACGCCAGAAUCAGUGCCUGAGGAUCCACCUCAGAAUUUGGCGACCAGUAACAUCACAGAAAACUCUUUCUCCAUUUCCUGGGAUCCACCAAGUAUAGUAACAGGAAAAUUUAGUUACAGAGUUGAACUGUAUGGCCCAGCUGGUCAUAUUUUGGAUAAUAGCACAAAGGACCUUAAGUUCACAUUUACUAACUUGACACCAUUUACAACAUAUAAUGCAUAUAUUGGUGCUGAGACCAAUGCAGGAAUUGGACCCAAGUCAAAUCUUUCCAUUUUUACUCCUCCAGAUGUUCCAAGCGCAGUAUUUGACUUACAACUUUUAGAAGUUGGAGCCACACUAAUAAGCAUUACUUGGAAGAAACCACGGCAACCCAAUGGAAUCAUUAGUCAAUAUAGGGUACGAGUGUUUGUUUCAGAGACAGGAAUUAUUUUGGAAGAUACCUUGCUUACAGGAAAAGAUGAGCUUAUGGGUGACUCCAUGACUCCAGAAACCGAGGGUCUAAUAAAUGAAGUGACCACAUCAUACGAAGGAACAGCAAGUGAUUCGUAUUUCACCGACAUUUCAGCUGAACAGCUGUCUUAUGUUGUAAAGAGGCUUGUGCCUUUCACCGAAUAUACGAUCAGUGUGUCUGCUUUCACAAUUAUGGGAGAAGGACCACCAACCAUUCUCAGUGCCAGGACAAGUGAGCAAGUGCCAAGCUCCAUACAGUCUAUAAAGUAUAAAAAUAUUAGCUCAUCAUCUAUUUUGCUGUAUUGGGAUCCACCAGAAUAUCCCAAUGGAAAAAUAACUCAUUAUACAAUUUAUGCCAUGGAACUGGAUACAAACAGAGCAUUCCAGAUGACCACUCUAGAUAACAGCUUUCUUAUCACAGGUUUGAAGAAAUACACAAAGUAUAAAAUGAGAGUGGCUGCUUCAACCAAUGUUGGGGAGAGUGCUUUGUCUGAAGAAAAUGAUAUUUUUGUACAAACCCCAGAAGAUGAACCAGACUCACCACCACGAGGUGUUGAGAUUGUGGAUGUGACUCCUACAGAAAUAAAACUGAAGUGGUUGCCACCAGAAAAACCAAACGGAAUCAUCAUCACCUACGAAGUCAUUUACAGAAAUACCACCCAUUUGUUCAUUAAAAACUCUUCUACAACAAAUAUCAUUCUGAGUGACUUAAAACCUUAUACCCUUUACAACAUUUCUGUACGGUCUUACACUGGACUUGGUCAUGGCAAUCAGUUAUCAUCUUUGCGGUCUGUAAGGACUUCGGAAACUGUUCCUGACAGUGCACCUGAAAAUAUCACCUAUCGGAAUGUUUCUUCUGGAGAAAUUGAGCUCUCAUUCCUCCCUCCAAUAAUUCCCAAUGGGAUCAUACAGAAAUAUACCAUUUAUCUCAAAAGGAAUAAUGAAAAUGAGGAAAGAACCAUAAACACAACAAAGCUGUCACAGAACAUUAGAGAACUGAAGAAAUAUACUCAUUAUACAGUUGAGGUGUCUGCGAGUACCCUUAAAGGAGAAGGAGUCCGAAGUAUGCCUAUAACUAUACUGACUGAAGAAGAUGCUCCUGGUUCUCCUCCACGAGACUUCUCAGUAAAACAGUUGUCUGGUGUCACGGUGAAGUUGUCAUGGCAACCACCCCUGGAGCCAAAUGGAAUUAUCCUCUAUUACACAGUUUAUGUCUGGGAUAAAUCAUCACUAAAAGCUAUUAAUGUAACUGAAACAUCAUUGGAAUAUUCAGAUUUGGAAAAUAAUAUUAAAUACAAUGCCUAUGUCACAGCAAGCACAAGAUUUGGUGAUGGAAAAAUUAAAAGUAACCUCAUUAGCUUUAGGACACCAGAGGGAGAACCCAGCGAUCCACCAAAAGAUGUCCAUUAUGCAAACCUCACUUCCUCAUCAAUAAUUCUUUUUUGGGAUCCUCCUUCAAAGCCCAAUGGGAUUAUAAAAUACUAUUCUGUUUAUUACCAAAAUAAUUCAGGUACUUUUAUGCAGAAUUUCACUCUCCAUGACGUAGUCAGUUUCUCUGACAAUAUGACUAUAUCUGCAGUAAUAGAAAAUUUGGCAAUAUUCAGCUACUAUGUAUUCUGGGUGACAGCAAGUACUUCAGUUGGAAAUGGGAACAAAACCAGUGACAUAAUUCAAGUAUACACAGAUCAAGACAUACCAGAAGGGCUUGUUGAAAACUUGACUUAUGAAACUCUUUCUUCAACUGCAAUAAAUGUCAGCUGGUUCCCACCAUCUCAGCCAAACGGUCUAGUCUUCUACUAUGUUUCACUGAGCUUACAAGGAAACCCACGUAGAACAAGACCACCUCUGAAAACUUAUGAGAGAAGCCUGGUUUUUGACAAACUGAAAAAAUACACUGACUAUAUAUUAAAAGUCACUCCAGCAACAGAAAAGGGAUUCUCUGAUUUGUAUACAGCCCAACUACACAUCAAAACUGAAGAAGAUGUCCCAGACUCUUCACCAGUAAUCAACACUUUUAAAAACCUUUCUUCUACCUCAGUUUUUUUGUCCUGGGAUCCCCCAGUACAGCCAAAUGGUGCUAUAAUAAGUUAUGAUUUAACUUUAGAUGGACCAAAUGAAAGCUAUUCUUUUACUACCUCUGAAAACUCUAUCAUAUUGGAUGAGCUCUCACCAUUUACACUAUAUAGCUUUUUUGCUGCUGCAAGAACCAGAAAAGGACUUGGUCCUUCUUCUACGCUCUUUUUUUACACAGAUGAGGCAGCCCCGCUAGCACCACCUCAGAAUUUGACUAUAAUCAAUUACACUUCUGAUUCGGUGUGGCUAGCAUGGAACCCAAGUCCUCUUCCAAGUGGUGUUGUUAAAGUUUAUAAUAUUAAGAUUCAUGAGAAUGGAACGGAUAUGAUAUUUUAUCAGAACAUUUCCGGUUUUCAAACUGAAGCUAAAAUUGUUGGAUUGGAACCAAUCACUGCCUAUUCAGUUAGUGUAUCAGCAUUUACAAGAGUUGGAAAUGGCAAUCAUUUCAGUAAUAUUGUGCUAUUCACAACACAAGAAUCAGUUCCAGAUGUUGUUCAGAAUGUUCAUUGUACUGCCACCAGUUGGCAGUCAAUUCUACUCAAGUGGGAUCCCCCUAAAAAGGCAAAUGGAAUAAUUACACAUUAUAUCAUAACGGUUGAAAGGAAUUCUACAAAAAUGGCUUCACAAGAGCAUAUGUACAAUUUCAAAGAACUUCUAUCAAAUACUCCUUAUGUGUUUAAAAUACAAGCCUCUACAUCUGCUGGGGAAGGAAAAGAGGAAAUAUGCAAUGCCAGUACAUUACAUGAAACAGUUCCCAGUGCUCCCAGAAAUGUUACUUUAUCUGAUGUCCAAGCAACUAGUGUAACUUUGACAUGGGUAACACCGGAUGAUAUUCUUGGCUACUUUCAAAACUACAAGAUUACCAUCCAACUAAGGUCUACACAGUGUAAUGACUGGGAUCCUGAGGCGUGCAUUGAACAAAACCAAAACCACUACCUGUAUGAACCUGACCUUCUUGAGGAGACCAUAUAUGGACUGAAGAAGUUCCGAUGGUAUCGAUUCCAGGUAGCUGCUAGUACCAAUGCCGGCUAUGGCAAUACUUCAAAUUGGAUUUCCACAAAAACUCUCCCUGGUCCUCCAGAUGGUCCGCCUGAAAAUGUAAAUGUAGUAGCUACCUCACCUUACAGUAUUAAUAUCAAUUGGAAUGAACCUGCCGCUAUCACUGGACCAACCUUCUACCUUAUAGACAUUAAGUCGGUUGAUAGCGAUGAAUAUAAUAUUUCUUUUGUCAAGGCAAAUGAGGAAAACAAAACCAUAGAGAUUACGGAUUUAAAAGUAUUUACAAGGUAUUCUGUAGUUAUCACUGCAUUUACUGGAAACAUCAGUUCAGCCCAUAUAGAUGGCAAGGCGAGCGUUCAAGUCAUUGUUACCACAUUAGAAUCAGCACCGAAAGACCCACCAAACAACAUGACAUUUCAGAAGAUUCCCGAUGAAGUCACAAAAUUCCAGCUAACUUUCCUUCCUCCAUCUGAACCUAAUGGAAACAUCCGAGUCUAUCAAGCUUUGGUGUUCAGAGAAGAUGACCCCACUGCCUUCCAGAUACACAAUCUAAGUAUCAUCCAGAAAACAGCCACAUCAGUCAUCGCAAUGUUAGAAGGAUUGAAAGGAGGCCACACGUACAAUAUAAGUGUGUAUGCGGUCAAUGGUGCUGGUGCAGGGCCCAAAGCCCAGAUGAGAAUAACAAUGGAUAUUAAAGCGCCAGCAAGACCUAAAAAUAAGCCGAUCCCGGUCUACGAUACAACUGGAACUGUGCUUGUUACUUCAAAAACCAUUACGAUCAGAAUGCCAAUAUGUUAUUAUAAUGACGAUCAUGGGCCCAUCAAAAAUGUUCAAGUGCUGGUUUCCGAAGCAGGAGCUCAACAUGAUGUAAAUAUUACAAAGUGGUAUGAUGCAUAUUACAAGAAACCAAGGCCAUAUUUUGCAAAUGAAGGUUUUCCCAACCCACCCUGCGCAGAUGGAAAGCUACAGCUUAGCAGCCAUGAUGACGUGUAUGUCAUAGGUGCUGAUAAUACAUGUAUGAUACCAGGCAAUGAAGACAAAAUUUGCAAUGGCCCUCUGAAACCAAGAAAGCAAUAUGUAUUUAAGUUCAGAGCAACAAAUAUUAUGGGACAAUUUACUGACUCUGAUUAUUCUGACCCAGUAAAGACAUUAGGUGAAGGACUGUCAGAAAGAAGUGUAGAAAUCAUCCUCUCUGUUACUUUGUGUAUCCUCUCCAUAAUUCUCCUGGUGGCUGCUAUUUUUGCAUUUGCAAGAAUUCGACAGAAACAGAAAGAGGGGGGCACAUAUUCUCCCCGGGAUGCAGAAAUUAUUGACACCAAAUUCAAGCUAGAUCAGUUUAUCACAGUGGCAGACCUGGAGCUGAAGGAUGAGAGAUUAACUCGGUUACUUAGUUAUAGAAAAUCCAUCAAGCCAAUAAGCAAGAAGGCCUUUCUGCAACAUGUCGAAGAGCUCUGUACAAACAACAACCUAAAGUUUGAAGAAGAAUUUUCGGAGCUCCCUAAAUUCCUCCAGGAUCUUUCUUCUACUGAUGCUGACCUGCCUUGGAAUAGGGCAAAGAACCGCUUCCCAAACAUAAAACCAUAUAAUAACAACAGAGUGAAACUAAUAGCAGAUGCCAGUGUACCAGGAUCUGAUUACAUCAAUGCCAGCUAUGUAUCUGGCUAUCUAUGUCCAAAUGAAUUUAUUGCUACCCAAGGACCAUUGCCUGGAACAGUAGGAGAUUUUUGGCGAAUGGUCUGGGAAACCAGAGCAAAAACUUUAGUGAUGCUAACACAGUGUUUUGAAAAAGGACGAAUCCGAUGCCAUCAAUAUUGGCCAGAAGAUAACAAGCCAGUGACUGUAUUUGGAGAUAUAGUGAUUACCAAAGUAUUAGAAGACAUCCAAAUUGAUUGGACCAUCAGAGAUCUGAAAAUUGAAAGGCAUGGAGACUGUAUGACAGUUCGACAAUGUAACUUUACUGCUUGGCCUGAACAUGGGGUUCCUGAAAAUAGUGCACCAUUAAUUCAUUUUGUGAAGUUAAUUCGAGCCAACCGAGCCCAUGACACCACACCAAUGGUUGUUCAUUGCAGUGCCGGAGUUGGAAGAACUGGAGUUUUUAUUGCUCUGGACCACUUAACACAACAUAUAAAUGACCAUGAUUUUGUGGAUAUAUACGGACUUGUAGCAGAACUGAGAAGUGAGAGAAUGUGCAUGGUACAGAACCUGGCACAAUACAUUUUUUUGCAUCAAUGCAUUUUGGAUCUGUUAUCAAGUAAGGGAAGUCAUCAGCCCAUCUGUUUUGUGAAUUAUUCAGCCCUUCAGAAGAUGGACUCUUUGGAUGCCAUGGAAGGUGAUGUUGAGCUUGAAUGGGAAGAAACCACCAUGUAAAUAUUCUGACAAAAGAUUACAUCUGGAGGAUUUUUUUCACAUCCCAAGGGCCAAAUGUAUUCCCUGU